AUGACUGGCCUGCGUCCACACCUGAUUUGAUGAUAGGGAGUAAAGUUGUUGGACGCGUCGACAACUUCAUUUAUCUUGGACUUACAUCACCUAUGACGAAGGCGAGAUAUCCGUUUGUCAAUUAGGGAAUGAGUAUAUUGCUCAACAGUUCGUUCUGUUCUACUUUACGGCUACAAAACUCGGCUAUUAAGAGUAGAAGAUACUCGUAAUUUACUAAUAUUUGAUCACAUUAAUAUUGCUCUCAUCUUCUGGGAUCACCAGAAAAGUAAUAAUGAGGUUAGACACAGAGUAUUAGAGAACGAUGAGGUUGUGAAUCUUCGACUGAAAUGGUGGGGUCACUUAUUAUCAUGCCCAACCACCGAUUACCACGAUAUCCAAUGCUGACUAGUGUUGAAGAUGGAUGGAAAAAGUCAAACCAAGAAGUGACAUCAGUGCUUGAAUUCACUAACUUCUGGUCUGAGCCAUGUUGGUAGAUUCAGACUACUUGGUUGGGGUCAGCACAACUAUCUUAACCAAUGGUUGGAGACUCUGGGUGACAUGUUCUAUAUCCUUUUUGCAAUCUUUCUUUUAUAUAUUACCACCUUUGAAUUAACUACUUUUAUGAAUCCGGUGUCCUUGUUGUGUUAAUGAGGUAUAGCAACUUGGACCGAUGCAUAUAUGUGCCUGAUCCUACGUUGUAGCUGACUGGGUGACAUGGCUCAGAAUCGGUCACAUUGGGAUGAUUGGACUUACGAACAGUUGCUAGGCAUUUGCAAAGGUCUUCACUACAGUUUAUGGAUGCAGGACAAGUUGCUGCUGAAGGAACAAACGGUCGUCCGGUUAUGUAACAUAUUACCCAAUAUUGAGGACAACACGGUCACAUUGUAUUAUUCUUAUGCUAUGUUUGAAACACUAGCAAGAGAAUGGGACAAUUUAGAUUACUGGAGGGUAGACAAAUUUAUGCUGCUCGGACGAGAAUUUUUUACGAGAGGCCUUCAGUUUAUUUCUUGCAAAAAACCUGAAAUUUUACCUUCAUUUGUGGAGGCCAUUUUCACCAAGAUAUUGAACAAUGACAUAAAUCAUGCUGUUGGUCUAAAAUUGCAUUUCUGCACUCUAAUAGGUGAAGAACUUCCGAAAAAGAACGUAAAAAUGUUAUCUCUGCAGUUAGUCUUUCAAUAUCUCCUGGUUUUACUAGCUUCCCUACCGAAACACAACAUUUACGCUCACAGUGUCCUAUCUCUGAUUACUCGGAUAACAAAGCUUAUUCGAAGACGUCCACAAUGUUGUUUGGAUCGUAUUAUGAAAUGUCUUGAGAAUAUUUUAAGCAAAGAUUCCUCCUAUAGAAACGCUUUAAAACGAGUCGACACAAAUCUAAAAAGAAUUCUGGCAAAUAGAGAAACUACAUCAGUAGCAACCGAUGGACAGAUUCCCACGCUAUGUGCAGAGUCGUCACCUGAGACGACAAAUCUCGUUCCCAAUACUUGUGAGAAUGUAAAUAGUGAAGGUGGUUCAUCAGAGCUUAAGAUCGGAAAGAAAAAAAUUCCGAAGGUUUUAAAGAAGAAAAAACGGGUGAUUAAAAAACGUUCAUAUGCUGAGACCGCUAACCCCGUAAAUAUAGAGUUCAGCAAUCAAGCUGAUGAUUUUGUCGAAGAAUCACGUCCGAAGAGAAUGAAGUCUGAAAUACCCACAAAGUCUGUUGACGAAUGCACAGCAGUUCCAUGUGUAGUUCCUGAUUCUCCAUGCCCUUUUUCAGCAUGUGAUGAUGAAUCCAAACCAAACGUCGGUCAAUUUAUAUCUCCUAAUGUUUCAAUAAGUGGCAACUCUGCUUCUGCAGAAAAGUGUACUUCAAACACUCCGCUUUCUUCUGAAAGACGUGUAUCCUUCGGUAAGGUAUUUCGUAAGAAAUUUAACUCAGCUCGUUGCAUCUCCCUAACCCCACCGGUUAGUGUUAUUCCAGCCAAGGGAAUUUUAAGAAGUAACAAAUCUAUAGCUGAUGACGCGAAAGCUAACGUUUCGUUCUAAUUUAAGUUGUAAUUUUGUACAUAUAAAUGAAAUAAACACAACGUUUAUGUAUCAGUCUCUUUGGAAAUUACAUGUUAGGUAACAGAAAAAAACUUUUUACGCCAAUCUUAGUACUCU